AUGACCUCGAUUGUCGACUCGCCUCCCGGGAUGCAGAGCAAUGCUUCGACAGUCUUCUCUGACCCGACGACCUUCUCAGUGAAAUUUGCUGAACCCAUUGGAGCAGCGGUUGACGUUGAGCCCCUUCCAGAUUGUAUUCCGCCGGACCAUCUUCAUCGAACACUUGUCCUUUGCUUUGACGGCACUGGCGACCAAUUCGAUUCUGAUAACUCGAACGUCGUCGAGUUUUUUAGCAUGUUGAAAAAAGAAGACCCUUCUCGUCAGCUGGUCUACUACCAGGCGGGCAUUGGGACGUAUACGACUCCAGAAAUAGCGACGCCCACGUUUGCCAAAUUCAGCAAGUUGAUGGAUGAGAUGAUUGCGUGGAACCUUGACGCACAUAUCAUGGGAGGGUACGAGUUCCUCAUGCAAAAUUAUCGAGCGAACGACAAAAUCUGCAUCUUCGGUUUUUCUCGGGGUGCCUACACCGCACGAUGCUUGGCUGGCAUGAUCCAUAAAGUUGGCCUCCUACCGACAUGCAACCAUCAGCAAGUUCCGUUCGCCUACAAGAUGUACACCCAAGCAGACGAGGAAGGAUGGAAGCAAUCAAAUGCCUUCAAGAAAACCUUCUCUAUCGACGUUGACAUCGAAUUUGUGGGAGUCUGGGACACUGUCAAUUCCGUCGGCCUGUUUCCACGGCGCUUGCCAUUCACGACCUCGAACAUGGUCGUGCACACAUUUAGGCACGCCGUGUCGUUGGAUGAGCGUCGCGCGAAGUUCAAAGCCAAUCUCUGGAAUUGCCCUGACCACCACGAGCAGAUGCUCAGCAUCAGCGAUCAGAAGGCCAAGCAUCACCUCGAUGAACACGCCGCAGGAGCUGCGAAUAAGAAGCGUAAGACGCCUCACCUCCAUGCACUCGAGCGGAGGUACAGCCAAGAUCGCAAUAUCGAGACGGACGUUGAAGAGGUCUGGUUCUCCGGGUGUCAUUGUGAUGUUGGUGGAGGCUCUGUUGAGAAUGGUGCCAAGCCCUGUCUGGCUCGCAUUCCUCUUCGUUGGAUGGUUCGCGAAUGCUUCAAGACCAAAAGCGGCAUUCUUUUCCACACCGACGGUCUGAGGGCGAUAGGACUCGAUCCCGCCUCCUUGUAUCCGGAGGUGCUCAAGCGGCUGCCUGCCGUCGAGCUCGACACCGCCACACCAGAGACUUCUCUUAUCCAGUCCAUCCCGAAAGGCCCUCGUCCUCCAGUUCAUGAUUCGACCGCAGCAACAUCCUCAAAGGCACCGGUUGAGUCGGAGGAAGUCGCCGAUCUCAAAGACGCGUUGGCACCAAUAUACGACCAGCUCAGCAUGCACUGGUUUUGGUGGCUCCUCGAGUUGCUCCCAUUGAAACAUCGGCGCCAGGAGCACAACCAUAGCUGGACGUGGUGGUUUGGCUGGAAUCUGGGUCAAGGAAGGCACAUUCCGCAUCACCAGCAGCGACACUUGAAGGUGCAUCGGAGCGUCAAGACGAGAAUGACUGCGGAGGAUGCUCAUGGCCAGAAGUAUACGCCCAAGGCUUUUCGUGACUUUGAGGAGGUUAAAUUGGAGGAUAUAACUUGGGUUGAUUGA